AUGAAGUCCCUAAUCGAAAAAAUAGAUCAAAGAUGCAAUUUUUAUGAAGAAGAAUUUGAAGUACAAGACAUCAUUGCAACACUUAUAACUAAAUAAAAAUCCCAUCUGAAUUUUAUAGAAGAAUCUCAAGUUCCUAAUUAUCAAUGCCAGAACAAACUUGAAAACGGUUAUAUAGUCUUUCAAUGUUUUACAUGUUCACAAAAUGUAAAUCAUAUGAUUUGUCAAGAAUGUUUUGAUUUCGAGAGACAUACAGGUAUCAAAAAUUUAUUUUAUUUAGGCCAUUAAUUUGUCCCCAUCGGCACUGGAGGCUAAUGCGAUUGUGGAAAUUCUAAUGUGUUUCAGCAAUCUCUUUGCAAUACUCAUAACAAUGAACAUUAGUAAGGAAUCAACCAAAAUUUAUAAAUACCCUAAGAUUUAUGUUAAAAUCUAGAAAACUUUAUUAAAGCUUGUGCAACCUUGUAUGAGUAAUAUUCAAAACUAAUUCUCAAAUAAUAAAAUUAAUUCCCAGAGACAGCAAUUAAACUCUAUAGUUUUAGCUUGGAUUUCAACUUGCCAAAUCUCUAAAAUCUAAUUGAAUCAAAAUUCCAGAUUGCCACAUACACUACACUAUUAUCUAAAUGCCAAUUCUUAUUUGAGUUAUUCUAUAAUGCCAUAGAAUUUUUAAUCAAUGAUAACCCAACUUUAUAACAUUUUAUUGCCUAUUUACUCUAAUAGCCUCUUUAGCCUGACUCAUAAUAAACCAUUUUAGAAUCCAUUAUUCAAUCUUAUGGAAUAACCGAACAUAUUUUCCAACUUUUUGAUCUUUCUCUCGAUUUAACAGAUCUGAUCUAUAGGCUUUUCAAAAAUUAGUUUAAAUAGUUAUUCACUUAAUUAUGUUUGAAAAAAUAGCAAACCUUAAUUUCAUAUCAUAAAAUAGUAGUAACCCCAAAUAAUGAUAUUAUUCAAGAAUUAAUAACUGAAAUCUACGAUUCUAUACAAGAUGACGAAGAAUUUACUAUACAAGAUGAUAACACAAUUUAAGAUAUAAUGAAUUAAGCCCAAAUUUAUUUUCAAGCUCUAUUUACUUCAAAACUAAUAAGUGUAGAUGCUAGAAACUCUCAACUUGUUACUUGGAUUACGUCAUUUUAAGAUAAAUAGAUCCUGGAGGAGUUCAUAUUUGGAAAUUAUACUUGUGAACUAUUCAAAGCAAUUUAGAAACAGUAUUAAUAUUUCCAUUAACCAAAUGAAUAUAUUAUUUCAGCUCCAAUUCAGCCUCUUGAACUUAUCGAUACUUAAUUAUAAUAAAAAGAGUUUGGAGAACUCUGCAUGAUCCAACUCUAAUAAAUCUUUGGAAAGGAUUUUAAUUAUUUUUUGAAUCAGAAAGUUAAUAAUAAAUUUUUAAGAAACUAUCAAAUGAAUGAUCACAUCAUAACAACUUUAAUUAAUAGUUUAAGUGAAGCCUUUCCAGCUGUGUAUGAAUCUUAUAGACAAGAAAACAACAUUCCACUCAAUGCUUAUGCUAAAAAAGAUAUGGAAAUUUACAUCAGUUAUUAAGGAUAUGCUCUGGAUAUUGUAAAUUUGUCAAUCCAGAACCUAUUUUCAUCAAAACUAAGCACAAUAUAAUUUUAAAAGAAUUUUAUAGAUUUGUUGAUAGUGAAAUGCUAUAAUUUUAUCAAACUCAAACGAAAUAUCUUUUCAUCCUUUGAUUUUGAAAUUAAAAAACUUUAUAAUCAAUAUUUGAAUAACUUGAAUUAAACAAAUGAUUAAAAGAGCAUCAUGAUAAUAUCAAUGUGCUUACACCUUUUCAAGAAUGCAUCACUAUUGGAUAAAAUGUUUAUUAUAUUUUUAUAUGUACAUUUUUGUUAAAAGGAAUAUAAAAAUCCAGCUGAUUUUAGAUAAUAUUUAUCAGAACUAUUGGAAGAGCCAAUAGAAAUUAUCAAAAACAAUCUACAAAGAAUUUUAUUAAGAAGCAUUUAAACCUUUACAACAGUAUUUUACACUGAAGAUGGAGACAUUAUCAAUAGUUAUUAUGGAUUUAGUGAUUCUUCCAUCAAUUUUAAAAAUGAGUCAAUUGACACAGCAUUUGGUAAGUUAUAUAUCUUUCUAUUCGAUUAAAUUGGACUAGCAGAUAUUUAUUAAGCAUUUCAAGUGAUUUAGCUUCCAACCAUGGUAUAGACAUGUGAAAUAACUUAGUAUUUAUUUAAUUCUAUUUUAGUAAUUACUUUAUGAGAAUGAUGACUUCAGAUUUGGAUGUAUUCAAUAUAUGCAUAGUCUAUUUUGACAAAAAUGACAAUUUACCAAACAUUUUAUAACAAGCGUUAUAGAAAGCAAUAUAAAACAUUUUAUGUAGUUCCUCUUAUUAUCUUUACUCAACAAUAAUCAAUAAAUUCUAAUCUAUUGGCAUAUCAGUAACACCCCAUUUAGAAAAACAUAUUUUAAAAAUUUGCAAUUUUGACACUUCAGUAAAUAAACUGACUUUAAAAAAAGCAUACAAAUAGAUUUAUGAUCCUAAUUUAUUGAUUUUAGAUAUAAACUUUAAAGCAGUAUUAAUAGAAAAGCUUCAAAAUAGUUAGGCGACUUAAAGAAUGCUUACAUUCGGAAAUGGCCUCGAAUAUGACAUCCAACAAUUUAAUUAACCAGAUUAUCAUUAUCUUAGAAAACUUAUUCUUCAAGUAAUGUGUUCUGUUCCAACCUUAUUUUAAAGUUUUAAUUUAAUGAAUUCAGGUUUUAUAGAAACUGAAGUUUUCUUGUAAUUUAUUUACUAUUAGCUUAUGUGUGCAAAUUACUUCUAUAAUCAAGAACUAAAAGCUUAGACACAAAAUAUACUAAAUUAAUUACACAACUUAAGAGGGAAUCAAAAACUUUAGGGGUUGUAACUUCACUUUGAACAGUUAAUUUUAUUAUUGCAGAAGUAAUCAUUUAAUGGUGAUAUUCCUAAUCUUUCUCUUUCUAAUAUUUCUAAAUAAAAAGCAUAAGCAUCUAAAUCUAAUUACAAACUCAAAUAUGGUAAAUUGAAAAACUCAAAAUCUUUAUUGAAUUUAAUGAAUUAGCACUUCCAAAGCGAUUCAAAAUUAUAAUAAUGUGAUAUUUGUUAGUAAGAACUUUAAUCAAACAAAGUUUUAUUAAUCUACUUAUCAUAAAGAAUACCUUCAAUCAAUUAUUCAAUCGUACCCUAACUAAUUGAAGAAGCAUAAAAUACAAUAAAUUAUUCUACAACUAUCUCAAUUUAAAAUUGCUAUCAUAAAUAUCAUGCACAUUGUUUUGAAGAGGCUUUUCUAGAUAUUCUUCAUAAUAAAUCUUAAGGUAUUCCAGAAUGGCAAAAAUAUGCUUGUCCAAUCUGUUUACAUUGCUUCAAUGUCUAAAUAACAAUGAAUGAGGAUAUCAGUCCAUCAUAAUUGCAAUCUUUUAAUUAAUCUUUAUUAUUUAUAGUCAAAUAAUUAGGUGAAUAAUAAGCAAUAGUGUAAAAAUAUUAAUCAAAUGAAUUUUUCAUGUUAGUAGAAAUAUACAUGUAGAUGGUAAUAAAUUUAAUUUAAAACCUAUUUAUCAAUGUUUAAGAGUUCUAGCGAUUAUAAUAGAAUUUAAUACUGAAACAAUUAAUAGCAUCCUUAGGUUUGACAAUAGAAAAUUUUAAAAUUUGUGGAUUCAUUCAUGAUAUAGAUUAUCAUUUUGAAUCUGAAAAGUCUAUUUUAAUCAGUCUAUUAGAUACCAUUGAUAAACAUAUUAUUAAAGCAUCAAAUUAAACGUUAUUAAAAGAUGAAGUUCUAAAGUUAGCAACCAAAUUUUAUCAUAGCUAUCCAUAAUAAAUGGAGAUUUUAUGUUAAUGCUUUGGAGUGGAAAUUGAAAAAAACAAUAAUUAAUAAUUAUAAUUAAAGGAUGAGUUUGCUGAAUAUUAUGUAUUAUUGUAAGAACAAUUAAGAAAUUAGAUAAUAAAUGUCUUGGGUGACAAUUUUUAAAAAUUUCAUGACACAUUCUUUCCAAACUAAUGUCAUUAUUGUUAAUCAUAUAAUGAAUAAUUUUCUGAGGAUAUUCUUGUUUGUAUUUUAUGUUCAAAGGUGUUUUGCUUUAAGAAUUGCUCAAACUUUGAAUAUGGUAAUCUAAACAUGCAUGCAUUAUAAGAACACAAUUCCUCAUCAUUUUAUGUCAGCUUGAUAAAUGGAAAGCUAGUUCAGAUUUAAGUGCCUCUUGGCAAUUAUUAAUAAAGGAUAUUGUAUUCUAACAAAAGAAAUGGAAAUCCAAUAAGAAAUGAAAGUUAUAAUCUUCUUAAUGAAAAUUGGAAAGAUUUUGAAAUAAGUCAAAAUAGAAUUAGAGAAAUAGCUGAUGUUAUUGUUUGGAAUAACUAUUAAACAGGAUUUGCACUGCUGCAAAUUAGUGCUGACCAUUUCUAUUAUUAAGGGGAGUUAUGA